UAAUGGCAAAAUUUAUAUAUUUUCAGAAUUUACUUAGUGUUAAGAGGAAAGCUCAUCAUGAAAUUAAGUAUUUUCUUUGUUUUUAGUUGUUGAUGUUUAAUUUCUUGACUAAGCAUGGCAGGAGGAAGACAGUUGGAUGAAAAAAGCUCUGCUGUCUCCAUUCGCCUAUUAGAUGAUGAACUUGAUAAAGAAAAGGAGAAUGUACCCAGCUUGCUUGGUCUUCCUCUAGUACAGUUCUCCACAACUGUACGCUUCAUAAUCUGCUCGGUGGCCAUCUUUAUCUUCUAUGUUCUUUAUGGCUGCAUGCUGGAGUUUGUGUUCCGUGUGGAGGGUUUACGAGACCACGGAUGGUUUGUGACGCUCAUACAAUUUGGGUACUACAGCUUAUUUGCUGUCAUGCAGCUUGCUGUGUCUAGGCAAUCUGUAAGGACUAAUGUGCCUUUGAACACUUACUUCACAAUUGCACUCAUCACUGUUGGCACGAUGGGCUUCUCGAAUACAAGUAUGGGCUACCUCAACUAUCCUACCCAAGUGAUAUUCAAAUCAUGCAAGCUCAUCCCCGUCAUGAUCGGCUCCAUCAUCAUCCUACGGAAAACGUAUAGCUUUGCCCAGGUACUGAGCUGCCUCAUGAUGUGUGCUGGGCUGGUGUGGUUCACUCUCGCCGACUCUCAGAUACAGCCUGACUUUAACUUGCAGGGCGUUGUGCUGGUGAGCAUGUCGCUCUGCUGCGACGCCAUCAUCGGCAACGUCCAGGAAGCGGCGCUCAAGAACAGCCACGAGCCCAGCGCCCGCGUCGUCCUCUACUCUUACGGCCUCGGCUUCCUCUGCAUCCUGGCCUUCCUGCUGCUCACCGGCAGCCUCCUGCCUGGAGCAUUCUUCUUCCUAGAGCACUGGUGGGAGCUGAUGCCAGCAAUCCUGGUGCUGUCAGCCUCCGGGUUCUGUGGGGUGCAGGCAGUGCUGGCACUCGUGACCCUGCACGGAGCGCUGGUCGCUGUCACUGUCACCACUGCCAGGAAAGCGAUCUCUAUCCUCCUGUCCUUCCUGCUCUUCACUAAGCCCUUCACCAUCCAGUACGUCUGGGGAGGCACUUUAGUAGUCUUAGGAAUAUACCUGAAUUUGCUGGCUAAACAGCAGCACGCACUGGUUACAUUACUCAACAACUGGUACGCGAGAGCGGCGUCGACCGUCCGCCGCUGCUGCGAGCGGUGCACUGACGCGCUGCUGACCAAUAAGCAGCGCGGGCCUGCGGGCGUCUUGCUGCGCGCCUGGUCGAACGCGUCCACGACAUGUCGUAGGUGCGCCAAGGUUAAACCGCCUCAUCAGUUUAGGUUCGACGUUUAAACAAUUAUUUUAUGGGUAAUUAUAUGCUGAAUUAAGCUUAUUUCAUGAAUUAUAUCUAUAACUAAAUAGAGUUCCAAGGUUUACCGACCGCCUCAUCAGUUUAGGUUCGACGUUUAGGAAAUUUGUUUAUAGAUAUUAAAAUGCUGAAUUGAGCUCAUUUCAUGAAUUAUAUCUAUUACUAAAUAGAGUUCCAAGGAUUUACCAAAAUAAGGUAUUUGCAUUAAAUAAAUUCAAUUAGUUCUUCCUGAAACCUGCGCCCCUAAGUUGUACUUGUCGUCCGAAACAGAUGCAUUAAAAAAUAUGCGUUUAAAAAUUUACUUU